AUGAAGCAGGGAGGUCUGGCCGCACCAUUCUGCUGGUACAAGGCGCGACAGCAAAACGUUCACGGAGCAUUGGAAAUCGGUCUACCAGAAGAAAGAGCGAAGGUCAAUGUUCCCAUGCCGUUCAUCUCGGGUGACCAAGAUGCUGUCUGUCUGGCUAAGGAUAUUCUGCCAGUGAAAGAAGCUGGCUGGAUUGCUGCCAGAUCUGGAGAUGCAUGA